UAACACACCAAACUAAAAGCCGAAAAAACAAAUGCCUCCCUCUGACUCUCUGAGGCUUUGACCUGGCCCUAGUUUUCCCGCGUCACCCCCCUGGUAUACCUUUCUCUUCCCCAACUCCAACCCCCUUCCUAUUCCUUGCUUGCAUCAACCACCAAAGAGGUAGACCCAUUCAACUCCAACACCAAGUCUAACAAAAUUCAAACAAAAACCCAUAUUUCGUCUAAAAUCUGUCUUCUCUCAUUCUCACAUGCCAAUCCCUCAACCAUGUCGCCCCUCCUCGCUCUCCUCGUCCUCUUCAACUUCCUCUCCGUUUCACUCUCCCAGUCCCAAUUCCCCAAAGCUAUUUUGAUUAACUGCGGCGCAAAUACCAAGUCUACAAUCGACGGCCGGGAAUGGCUCUCCGACGAGAAAUUCGUGUCCGGUGGGACCCCCAGGAACCUGACCGCCCCGGUCCUGGUUCCCAUCCUCUCCACCGUCCAAUCGUUCCCUCUCCGCAACAACCUCUACAAGAAGUUCUGCUACGUCGUGCCGGUGUACCGCUCUGCCAAGUACCUGAUCCGGACCACCUACUUUUACGGAGGGAUCAACGGCCAGGAUUCGCCGCCUGUGUUCGAUCAGAUGGUCGACGGGACUCUCUGGAGCGAGGUGAACACCACGGAGGAUUACGCCAACGGCAUGUCCUCGUACUACGAAGGGGUUUUUGCCGCUCAGGGGAAGACCAUGAGCGUCUGUAUCGGGGCGAACACGUAUACGGAUUCGGACCCGUUUAUAUCGGCGUUGGAGUUUCUGAUAGUCGCUGAUUCGCUCUACAAUUCCACGGAUUUCAGCAAGUUUGGUCUCCGCUUGGUUGCAAGGCACGCUUUCGGGUACUCGGGACCGAUCAUUCGGUAUCCUGAUGAUCCAUUUGAUCGGUUUUGGGAGCCACUUGGGGGAAUUUAUUCUACAGUAGCAGGCAACAGAAAUGUAUCUGUUUCUGCUUUCUGGAAUCUUCCUCCUUUAAAGAUAUUUGAGACAGCACUGAUGACUAAUGGAGUACAACCCAUGGAGUGGAAUUGGCCUCCAGUGUCCCUUCCAAAGUCAAACUACUACAUUGCUCUAUACUUUGCAGAUGCUCGUAAUUGGAGCUCAAGGGUAUUUGAUAUAACUAUAAAUAACAUAUCAUAUUUCCGCAGUUUGAAUGUCACUCCAGCUGGUACUUGUGUCUUUGCAACUCAGUGGCCUCUUGCCGGUCCUACAAAGAUAACUUUGACCCCUUCUGUUGGUUCAAACAUUGGUCCCUUGAUAAAUGCCGGAGAGGUUUUUGACUUGCUGGCUCUUGGAGGAAGAACUACUACUCGAGAUGUUAUUGCUUUGAAUAAAGUAAAAGAUGGUCUCAAGAAUCCCCCACUCGAUUGGAAUGGUGAUCCUUGUUUGCCCCGCCAGUACUCAUGGACUGGCAUUAUGUGCUCUGAAGGCCCCCAGAUUCGUGUGAUCACCUUAAACCUGACAAGCAUGGCUCUCUCAGGAUUGCUGUCACCUGGCAUUGCCAAUAUGACAGCAUUGACUCACAUCUGGCUUGGAAAUAACAAUUUGACUGGACAUAUUCCUGAUCUCAGUUCAUUGAAGAGGCUAGAGACAUUGGAUUUGGGAGAUAAUCAGUUCAAUGGAGAAAUUCCCUCAUCACUUGGGAACAUUAACAGCUUGCGUGAACUUUUCUUACAGAACAAUAAUCUGACUGGUCUAGUUCCAAGUAACCUUGAUGGAAAGUCUGGACUGAACCUUAGGAUUUCUCCUGGAAAUAAUUUUUCUUCUCCUCCGCCUUCUUGAGCAAGUACAUCUAUGGACCCAACAAUAAAGGAGAUUCUGGCCAUUCAUCCUUGUAUAGAUAUAUUCCAUUAAAAAAAAAAAAAAAAUCUCACAUUUUGUUUCACAAAUUUUGCUGGAAGUUCUUUAUUGCAAGCUGUCCCACUCUGGAAUUGAAAGCUCUCCCUGCUUUAGACUUCUGUACUUGGGCGGGGACAGCUCUUUGAAGCAAUUUGGAGAGUCCACAAACUGCAUACUCAAAAUGGUUGUUCAUAUUCAGUCAAUCUGCUUCUUUCCUUUUUUUCUUUUCUUUCCUUUUUUUUUUUUUUUGUCAGUUUGGAUCAUGCUUCCAAAAUUUUAUGUGAUUGUCUCCAUGUAGUCAUUUCUUAUUCUUUUAUGUAUAAAUACUUGUAUUUUUUUAUUUUUUUUUCCAUACUGGCUCAUGUUUUUGUACUAAACAAAAGAAAAAAGAUUAUUUGUUCAUGUUUUUGUAAUGUAACAUGGUUUGAUUCUCUUC